AUGUUCGUGAGAAGGCCGCAGACGGGUGCUGGAAGGAAGUACAAGGACGACGUUAACAUCGAGAAUCCACGAACAUCCUGUAGGCACAGUGCCGUGAGCUGCUCGCUGGCGUUAAGUGCCCCCCCAAACAAGGAAGACGGUGAUGCAUACCGAGGUAAAUGGCACGAGAGCCACAACUGUGCUGAGGAGCACGAUAUUGAGCGGUUGACGCAUAUGCUGGGCCGCGUCAGAGUCCGUAACGAUACCAAGGACAUAGGACACGAAGGCCAGGCUCGUGCUAAUGAUCAAUGCUCCAAUUCAAUUCAGCUCUUUUCGCAGGCGAAUAAGAGUAUUCCAGCCCAAAGGCGCGGCGUCAUCAACGCUAACUGGAAGUGCCCACAGGGCAAGGGCCAAAACAACGACAUGAAGGAUCGCAGCAGCAUGAAACCCCCAUCGCCAACCGACAGUGCCGCUGAAAACAUCGCCCAGGGCAAGAUCUAG